CGUUAAAAAAGAAGAAAGAAAAGUGUUCAGCUUCAAAUGGGUAGGAAAACACGACACAGAAGCCAUGCCACGCACAAACCACAAAUUUGGAGGGAAAGUAGCAUUAAAAUGAUGCACCUCAACCACCACUUCCCGUUCUACAUGGCGGGAAACUGUCCGUGCAGUCCUUAAUAAUCCCAUGUAACACUUACAAACUCUGUUUUCUCUCUCAAUACACAGACAACACAUCUCUCCCUCGCUCUCAAAAAAAGAAAAAGAAAAAAAAAACUACUAGAAAUCAACAAAAUUCAACCAGGUAGAAAUCAUAAAGUUUCAAAUUUUCGGACUUUACUGAAAGGAUGGAUGGUGUAUUUGAUGACGAGGUCGAGCAAACUGUUACUAUUGAUGAGUACCUCAACAACGUUGAAGCAGAGGAAUUGAAUGCAGAUUUGGUUUUGGGUGGAGAUGAAGGAGAGGAGUGCACUUAUAACGUGGGAUAUAUGAAGAGACAAGCUAUUUUUUCAUGUCUGACUUGCACUCCGGAUGGAAAUGCUGGAGUUUGCACUGCUUGCAGUUUGUCUUGCCAUGAUGGCCAUGAGAUUGUGGAGUUAUGGACCAAGAGAAAUUUUCGGUGUGAUUGUGGCAAUUCAAAAUUUGGGGAGUUCUUCUGCAAGCUUUUCCCAAAAAAAGAUGUGGAAAAUGCUGAAAAUUCAUAUAAUCACAACUUCAAAGGUUUAUACUGCUCUUGUGAUCGGCCCUAUCCUGAUCCAGAUGUUGAGGCACAAGAAGAGAUGAUACAGUGCAUUAUGUGUGAAGACUGGUUCCACGAGGAGCAUCUUGGUCUAGAGUCUUCCAAUGAGAUCCUGAGGGACGAGGAAGGAGAGCCUCUGUAUGAGGAUUUUAUAUGCAAGACAUGCUCCACAGUUUGUUCUUUUCUGACACUAUAUCCUCAGACGAUUUGGGAAUCUGGGGGGCAGAAAGGUGACACCACUGCUAGUAAUGCUAAAAAUAAGGGCAUGCUGGAAAAUGUCUCUUCAGCUUGUGGUUCUGGGAAGCUUGAGAUUGAUAUUUGUGCUCAUGAUUCUUCUGAAAAGGAUAAUGCAACAGCUAAUUCUAAUUGUCAGUCUGUGGCUGCUGGAAAUGCAUCUGUUGUUGGAGAAAGUUCUGGGAAGAGUAGUGGGCCAAAUGACUCAGACCAAAGCACAAAAGAUACCAAUCUUCAUACCACGUGUGUUCUUGGAAUCGAUGUGGAAGUUACUUUACCUGUUUCAGAAGGAAAACCAUUUUUUCUUUCCAAAAGCUGGAGGGACAUCCUGUGCAGAUGUGAAAAAUGCUUGGAUAUGUACAACCAGAAGCAAAUAAAUUAUCUCCUUGACAGGGAGGACACAAUUGCUGAGUAUGAGAAAAUGGCCAAACAGAAGCGGGAAGAAAAAUUGCAGCAACAGGAGGGUGCUGAGUUGAGUUUUUUAAAUAAACUUGGCCAUAUAGAGAAGGUGGAGAUUCUAAAUGGUAUUGCAGACUUUAAGGAUGAGUUCUGUUCCUUUUUGGAGUCAUUUGAUACGUCAAAGACAAUCACAUGUUCUGAUGUCCACCAGAUUUUUGAAAAUCUUGCAAAGAAGCGCCGGCGAAUGCAGUGAGUUGUACUUGGAUCUCUAUAUUUUGGUCAUGUAUGUUAAUUUAACCUCCUUUUGUUGGUUUUGGAGCCGAGCCUCUUCUAAAAGCCUGUGAAGAACUUGAUGAUUUUAGUUAGCAUGCUCCAUUAGUAUAAACCAUUUACUGUGUAGGCUUAUGUGCUUAUUAACUUUAAGAUUUAACUUGGAUUUUUCUAGUAUGUAUUGGAAUUGCGAUAUUCCUUAUGGUUAGUGAAUUCUCUUGAUCUGGUGGUUUUGGCUA